CGGGAGAGCGUGUUUGAAUUUGAGUCAACAGUACCAGACAUUUACAUCUCACUUGAGUGUUAAAGAUUAUAUACACAGAUAUGUCUGAUAACGAAGACAAUUUUGACGAUGGGGAUUUUGAUGAUGUUGAAGAAGAUGACGGACUAGAUGACCUAGAAAAUGUUGAAGAUGAGGAUGCCGAAAAUGUGCAGAUCCUGCCGGCGGGAGAGGGACAGCAACCAAAUCAGAAAAGAAUCACCACGCCCUACAUGACUAAGUACGAGAGAGCCAGAGUGCUGGGAACCCGCGCUCUGCAGAUAGCAAUGUGUGCCCCUGUGAUGGUGGAGCUGGAGGGAGAAACAGACCCUCUGCAAAUUGCCAUGAAAGAACUCAAAGGCAGGAAGAUCCCCAUUAUCAUCAGGAGGUACCUGCCUGAUGGCAGCUAUGAGGACUGGGGCUGCGAUGAGCUCAUCGUCACUGACUGAGCCCAGCUGGCCAGAGCCGAGCAAUAACUGAACCAAACCGGAAUCAGCUGGAACCAGCUGGGACCAACUGGAACCAAGCUUAGGGAGAACACUGAGCCAAACCAAACUGACCCAGCUCCACUGGAACUCCUCUGCCUGUUAGAGAGAGAUCGGUGUAAUAAAGCACAC